CAUGAUCAUUCCUUUUGUCCGAUACAUAACCCAAACAAGUGUAAAUAAUAUGUUGUUAGAUACAGAGGGCGAUCUUUAUUCUUAAAAAUGUUUGUUCACCCUGUGUAUGUUGGGGUCACCCUGUGUAUGUUGGGGUCACCCUGUGUAUGCAUAUGUUGGGUCACCCUGUGUAUGCAUAUGUUGGGUCACCCUGUGUAUGCAUAUGUUGGGUCACCCUGUGUAUGCAUAUGUUGGGGUCACCCUGUGUAUGCAUAUGUUGGGUCACCCUGUGUAUGCAUAUGUUGGGUCACCCUGUGUAUGCAUAUGUUGGGUCACCCUGUGUAUGGAUAUGUUGGGUCACCCUGUGUAUGCAUAUGUUGGGUCACCCUGUGUAUGCAUAUGUUGGGGUCACCCUGUGUAUGCAUAUGUUGGGUCACCCUGUGUAUGCAUAUGUUGGGUCACCCUGUGUAUGCAUAUGUUGGGUCACCCUGUGUAUGAAUAUGUUGGGUCACCCUGUGUAUGCAUAUGUUGGGUCACCCUGUGUAUGCAUAUGUUGGGUCACCCUGUGUAUGCAUAUGUUGGGGUCACCCUGUGUAUGCAUAUGUUGGGUCACCCUGUGUAUGCAUAUGUUGGGUCACCCUGUGUAUGCAUAUGUUGGGGUCACCCUGUAUAUGCAUAUGUUGGGUCACCCUGUGUAUGCAUAUGUUGGGUCACCCUGUGUAUGCAUAUGUUGGGUCACCCUGUGUAUGCAUAUUUUGGGGUCACCCUGUGUAUGCAUAUGUUGGGUCACCCUGUGUAUGCAUAUGUUGGGGUCACCCUGUGUAUGCAUAUGUUGGGUCACCCUGUGUAUGCAUAUGUUGGGUCACCCUGUGUAUGCAUAUGUUGGGUCACCCUGUGUAUGCAUAUGUUGGGUCACCCUGUGUAUGCAUAUGUUGGGUCACCCUGUGUAUGCAUAUGUUGGGUCACCCUGUGUAUGCAUAUGUUGGGUCACCCUGUGUAUGCAUAUGUUGAGUCACCCUGUGUAUGCAUAUGUUGGGUCACCCUGUGUAUGCAUAUGUUGGGUCACCCUGUGUAUGCAUAUGUUGGGUCACCCUGUGUAUGCAUAUGUUGGGUCACCCUGUGUAUGCAUAUGUUGGGUCACCCUGUGUAUGCAUAUGUUGGGUCACCCUGUGUAUGCAUAUGUUGGGUCACCCUGUGUAUGCAAUUGGUGUCAAAAGCUUAAGGUACUAUAAAUGAACAUCUACCUGGGCAAUUUUGAACCUAUGAAAUAAAAUUCUCAUAAUAUUGGUGCACCAAUUUAAAGAUUUGUCUGAAGCGUUCUUCGUUUAAUAGGUUCCGGUGUUGUACAUAUUGUACAUAAUCAUUAUUUGUCCAUUAUAUACACUUUUGAAGAACUUUUGUAACGUGAAACACUGAGCGAGUGUGUAAACGCCAUACGUGGAGUACAGCAGCCUCUUGUUGUACAAUUGUCUGCCGGUAGCUGCACGACUUUCGAGAUUAAUAUGAUUUUCGAAAGUUAGAUAAAAUUUUAUUAUUAAAAGAUAAAAGAUAGAUUAUUACUUAAACUGCUUUUUAAAGGCUUGAAACCUUGUUCAGAUUUUGAAGGUACGCUUUACGAAUUUUGAUCAGUUCCCUAUGUUGCAAAAACUCAAUGUCUCUUUCUCUCACAUCCUAAGUGUUGUACCUCUCACUAUAGCUGCAAAGUGAAUGAAUAAGAGGAGUAGGGAGGAUAGGGAGGAUAGGGAGUAGGGAGGGACAGAAAGGGAGAUAUUCCACUAACACGUUACAGUUCACAGGUCCACAAUAGCCAGAAAACUCAUAUUUUUUGGCUGUAAGGAAACUUCCACAUGGGUAGCAAAUAUAUAUUUUAUGAAGGAUGUCUCUUUCCCUCAAAUCCCCUCCCCCCUUCCACCCUCCACGUCUCUCUCUCUCUCUCUCUCUCUCUCUCUCUCUCUCUCUCUCUCUCUCUCUGUCUCUCUCUCUCUCUCUCUCUCUCUCUCUCUCUCUCUCUCU